AUGGGUUCUUCAUCAGCUGAAGCUAUUCCAGCAAUGCAGGAAAUUAUGUUGGAGUUUCGUGCUGGUAAAAUGGUUUUUGAAGGAAAAAAAGUCGUUCCUGAUUCGCGAAAAGGACUUGUUCGAAUUGGAAGGGGCGAGGAGGGUUUGCUUCAUUUUCAGUGGCUUGAUAGGAAUUUGAAUGCCGUGGAAGAUGAUCAGAUUAUUUUUCCUGAAGAGGCAAUUUUUGAGAAGGUUAAUCAAGCUUCGGGAAGAGUUUACAUCUUGAAAUUCAAUACAGAUGAUCGGAAGUUUUUCUUUUGGAUGCAGGAGCCAAAAGCCGAAGAUGACUCACAAUUAUGUAGCUCUGUCAACUAUUAUAUUAAUCGUCCAUUAGAGUUCCUUGAUGAAGAAGAGCCUGAUGCUUCUGCUCCUUUGCAAGUUUCUGAAGACAUGCUUGAAGAUGAUAUCUCAUCAAGGGCUGGAAACUUAGUUUUCCCAAACCUUGGUAGUGAAGUAAUGAGUGAUGUAACCUCUUCAUCAGGUCCAGUGAAAUUGGAAGACUUGCAAAGAAUCCUGAGUAAUAUUGGUGCUGGAGGAAGCUCAGGUGAUCCAGAUGAAGGUUUGGGAUUAGGGGAUAUACUGAAGCCUGAAUUGAUAAUGCCAUUGAUUGAGACAUUACCGCUUGAAGAAGGAUUAACAUCUCACUUGCCUGAGGUAUAA